AUGACCUCUGAGCUGGAGAGCAGCCUGACCUCGAUGGACUGGCUCCCCCAGCUGAGCAUGAGGGCAGCCAUCCAGAAGGGGGACACGGGACACCACCUCAGCCACCAUCACGGACACCUCCACCACCACGGUCACCAUCACGGGCAAGGGCCUGGCAAAAAAAUUGUUCAUCUGGACCCAGGGACGACGCUGGACCAGGAGGAGGCUGCACAGCACAGAGAUGGCAAACCGCCGUACAGCUACGCCAGUCUCAUCACCUUCGCCAUCAAUGGCUCGCCACGCAAACGGAUGACCCUCAGUGAGAUCUAUCAGUGGAUCUGUGACAACUUCCCCUACUACCGAGAGGCAGGCAGCGGCUGGAAGAAUUCUAUACGACACAACCUGUCCCUGAACAAGUGUUUUCUCAAAGUGCCUCGCUCCAAAGACGACCCUGGAAAAGGUUCCUACUGGGCCAUAGAUACCAACCCUAAAGAAGACACAGUUCCCAGCAGGCCCAAGAAAAGACCACGAUCUGGAGAAAGGGCAUCUACUCCUUACAGCCUGGAGUCGGAGUCUCUGAGGAUGGACUGCAUCAUGUCAGGAGGGGCGUCUCCCACUCUGGCCAUCAAUGCUGUAACCAACAAGGUAGCGCUGUACAACCCCGAGGCAGAAGGCAGUGAGAGCCCCGGGAGUCUGGGCGGCAGCUUGAGCAACAGUCUCUCAGAGCAGAGUUUGGCGUCUGUCAACCUUAACAACCUGAACACAGCCGUCAGCGGCGGCGGCAGCAGCAGCGUACACAGCUACACACCAGUGAGUUCCCACACGGAGCCGUCGUCCCAGUCCCUGAGCCUCCAGCCGCCCGCCCAGCCGCCGCCGCCUCCCCCUCCCCCCCCACAGCCCCAGUACGGCCUGCCCGUCCCGGAGGCGCGGGACAAGCCGCUCUGCUUCUCGGACUUCGAGGACCUCAGCGCUUCGUUCCGCAGUCUCUACAAGUGCGUCUUCGAGCAGUCCUUCUCACAGCAAGGUUUGAUGGGGAUGCCCGGUGACUCCAGCCAGCAGGCCCGGACCGCCUGCUCGUUCCAGCACUCCCCCGGUGCGGGAAGCAGCGGUGGUCACCACCUCCAAAACAACCACGGCCAAGCGUUGCACCACCCCCACCACCCCCACCACCCUCAGCAGCACCUCUCCCCUCACUCCACCCACGGGCAGCACCAGGCGCACAGUCCACACGGGCAGCACCAACAGCACCCUGCACAUUCCCUGCAGCUCCCGUCUCUCUCCCACCAGAGUCACACCGGGCAGACCUGCCCCACAACAGGCAUUUCAUCAGACUGGUAUCCCAACCUGGACUGGCUGAAGGAGAGCUGCCGCAUUGCUACCAGCUACAACUGGGCUGACGUUGACCUCUCCCCGUUUCAAGGUCUGAAGGAGAACAUGCGUCAGGCCGAGCUCAACAACUGGUCGCUGGACGCCGCCCAGAUGGCCGACCUGUGCUCCUCCAUCAACCAGUUCUUCACGGCCACGGGGGUCAUCCCCCCGCAGGGCGCCGCCCACCCACAAGCUCAGGUCCAACACCCGACACCACCAGGGGCGCCGCAGCACCCGGCUCAGCCGCACGGGGCCAUGCACCCGAAGGCCAGCCAGCACAAUCAGCACGGGCAACACAACCAACACGGCCAACACAUCAGCACAGGGAACAUGUACAUGGACUCGAGACAGAACAUUUCCUCUCUGAUGGGCCCACCACCGGGAUACCCCCACAUGCCUCCUAUGAGCAACACGGCCCCGACCAUGACAGGUCACCACAGCCAGCUGAGCCAGCAGCACGCGCUGCCUCCGGGACACUUUCAGGUGAGACGCAUGCUCGCCGCAGACGACAUCCAGGACGACUUUGACUGGGACUCCAUUGUUUAAAUGGAGCCGUAAGUUGGACAGAGACAAUGAAGGUCGAGGGACAUGAAGACGUCAUGUGAUGACAGGUGAGGUAAGGAACCUGCACACCUGCUCCUGACACCAGUGUAACAAAACAGAAGACAAUCCACCAGAAAACAAACGGAAAGAUUUCUUUUCCUCUAAUCUUGCUGGCUUUUUAUUUCUGGCUCCACUGGUCGAUGACUCUAAAGACAAUCAAAUCAAACAAAUGAGACUUAAAAAACGGGAUUGGACCGAAUCAAGACGCAAAGGACACGUCUUUCAGAGCAGAAGGACGCCGGCGGCUCUCUGAACUGUCUCAUAUUGUGUGUGUGUGUG